AUGUCGCUGCGCUCCCCAUCCACCGCUGCCAGCACCCGACCCUACUAUCAACGACGUUGCCAAUACUCAGGUGCCACCUUUGGCCACUGGGCCUACCUUGCCAAUGUCGCCUCUGCCAAUGUAGCAGCCAUCAAUUCCAAUGCUAGGCCCCGUGAUCACCCUGGAAAAGUAAGUAUGGGCUCACUGGCCACUGCCAAAAUGCCCACACACGGCCCACUCUUGACCGCCAUGAGAUCCACGCUGGGCCCACUUGAGUCUGUGCUGGGAUUCCUUGCUGUCGCUGAUGCAAAGGCUGUGUUUGCUUCAUCAUUUCUGCACAAGGGAACAGAGAAAGCUGAGUUGCUUAUAUGGAACUCUGAAACCACUGAAAGGCAAGCACUGUCAGUCUGGAGCUGCCUGGAACAGCUCCUAGCAUUUGGCCUGGACAUGGCAGGCUGGGCACAGAGACUAGAACUGCUCUGCUCCAGUGACGUGUACAAAAUGCAAGCUCACAUUCUAGUGCAGUACCGAAGGAGUGCUGCACUGCCAGAGAGGGUAGCUAAGCAGCAACAGCAUUGCUGUGGGCUCCGAUGGAUGUUAUCCAGAGCCUAUGGAAUAGGAAGUCUGGGGAAGAGCCAGAAUGUGACUGUGGAAAUGAAUAAGACAUGUUUGGACAUUAAUCCUCAGCUGGAGAAGUAUUACCUUCCAACAUUGUACGCAAUAGAGUUCAUUUUAGGACUGGUCGGUAACCUUUCUGUGAUAUGGGGCUACAUAUUCUGUCUGAAGGAAUGGAAGUGCAGCAACAUCUACCUUUUCAAUCUUUCGAUCACGGACCUGGCUUUCAUUUGUACCCUUCCCAUGCUCAUCAUCUACUAUGCCAAAGGCAAUAAGUGGGUUUUUGGUCAGGUCACGUGUAUAUUAAAUAGAUACAUCCUUCACGCUAACAUGUAUACAAGUAUCUUGUUUCUCACUUGCAUCAGCAUCGAUCGUUACCUCCUUGUGGUAAGCCCAUUGAAGCUUCACUGGUUUCAGAAAAAGUUCAAUGCUGUUAUAAUCUGCCUCAGCAUCUGGGUUUUUGUAACACUGGAGUUGGUGCCUAUAUUCAUUUUUAUUGAUGGUCAGAUAAUCAACAGCACAGACGAUGAGUCCUCCUUCCAGUGUUUGGAUUAUGCCAGCUCGGGAAAUGCCUCCCAGAGUCUGAUUUACAGCUUGUGCCUCACAGUUUCUGGUUUUCUCUUACCUCUCUGCGUCAUGUUUUUCUCCUAUUUCCAAACUGCACGCAGCCUUAAGAAACUAAUGCAACAGCGCACCAAGGUUCAGGCAGAAAAGCCGCUUGCCUUGGUCGUGUUGGCCAUUGUCAUUUUCUUAGUAUUCUUCACUCCUUAUCACAUAAUGCGCAACAUUCGCAUUGCUUCCCGAGUGGAGACCAGCACCAUGUCAGAGUGUAGGAAAUUAGCUGUAAAGGCUCUGUACGCCAUCUCAAGGCCCCUGGCUUUCCUCAACUCCAUUACAAACCCGAUUUUCUACUUCAUUUUGGGGGACACAUUCAGGGAGCAGUUCCUCAACAAACUGAAGAGCAUCUUCUGGGGAAAGUCUGAGGUAUCCCAUCAGAAAGAGGACAGUUCCACAAGGUCGACCGGUUUAAACAAAUGCUGAGGCUCAAUAAUUCUGUAA